UCAACGGUGGCGGCCCGCUGUGCGCCGGCUCCGGGCGAGGGGCGGGCGCCAUUGUGCUUCUCUGCGGACUGCUCGGCUCGGGUCAAGGCCCACAACCCCGAGGAGGAAGGCGGCGGGGCGGUCGUGGCGGGCAGGACGCGCCCCGUUCCGUGCCGGCGAGGGAGCAGGGGAAAUCUCAAGAAUGGAGUCUAAACCUUCAAGGAUUCCAAGAAGAAUUUCUGUUCAACCCUCUAGCUCUGUAAGUGCUAGAAUGAUGUCUGGAAGCAGAGGAAAUAGUUUAAAUGAUACCUAUCACUCAAGAGAUUCUUCAUUUAGACUGGAUUCUGAAUAUCAGUCCACAUCAGCAUCAGCAUCUGCAUCACCAUUUCAAUCUACAUGGUAUAGUGAAUCUGAGAUAACUCAGGGAGCACGCUCAAGAUCACAAAACCAGCAACGGGAUCAUGAUUCAAAAAGACCUAAACUUUCCUGUACAAAUUGUACAUCUACCUCAGUCGGGAGAAAUAUUGGACAUGGUUUAAAUGCAGUACCAGAUUCUUCUUGGAGGCAUAAUCAAGUUCCUAGAUCUUCAUCAAUGGUACUUGGAUCAUUUGGAACUGACUUAAUGAGAGAGAGAAGAGAUUUAGAGAGAAGAGCAGAUUCUUCCAUUAGUAAUCUUAUGGAUUAUAGUCACCGAAGUGGUGAUUUCACAACUUCAUCAUAUGGUCAAGACAGAGUUCCUUCUUCAUAUUCACAGGGAGCAAGACCAAAAGAUAACUCAGUGAGCACUUUACAGUUGAAUACAUCAUCCACAAAUCACCAAAUGCCUUCUGAACAUCAUACCAUACCAUGUUCUAGGGACAACAGUAGAAAUUCACUAAGAUCAAAUUUUUCUCCAAGGGAAUUGGAAUCUCCACAAAGCAGUACACAGCCUGGAUUUUCUUAUAUAUCAAAUAGAGAUGAAACCUCAACCAUAAGCAGUUCAGAUAGGGUUGGUUCAUCUCAGAGAUCAUUUCAAGAAUCUUCUGACAACGAAAGUAGACGUUCGACUAGGAGAUUGCUAUCGCGUAUAGCUUCUAGUAUGUCAUCUACCUUUUUUUCUCGAAGAUCUAGCCAGGAUUCCUUGAAUACAAGAUCACUGAGUUCUGAAAAUUCUUACGUGUCUCCAAGAAUCUUGACAGCUUCACAGUCUCGUAGCAAUGCAGCAUCAACUUCCGAUGUUCCUGAUAGUAGAGCAUCUGAAGCUUCUCAGGGAUUUCGAUUUCUUAGGCGAAGAUGGGGUUUGUCAUCUCUUAGCCAAAAUCAUAGCUCUGAGCCAGAUUCAGAAAAUUUUAACCAAGAAUCUGAAGGUAGAAAUACAGGACCGUGGUUAUCUUCCUCACUUAGAAAUAGAUGCACACCUUUGUUCUCCAGAAGGAGACGAGAGGGACGAGAUGAAUCUUCAAGGAUACCUACCUCUGAUAUACCAUCUAGAUCUCAUCAUAUUUUUAGAAGAGAAUCAAAUGAAGUGGUUCACCUAGAAGCACAGAGUGAUCCCCUUGGGGCUACUGCCAACAGAGCACAAGCAUCUGCAUCAUCAAGUAACGCUGCUACAGGUGGCUCCCCAUCAGAUUCAGCCCACAGUGGAAGAAAUACAGGAAUAACAGGAAUCCUUCCUGGUUCCUUAUUUCGAUUUGCAGUCCCCCCAGCACUUGGAAAUAAUCUGACCGACAAUGUCAUGAUUACUGUAGAUAUUAUUCCUUCAGGGUGGAGUUCAUCUGAUGGAAAAAGUGAUAAAAAUAAAAGUGCACCUUCAAGAGAUCCAGAAAGACUGCAGAAAAUAAAAGAGAGCCUCCUUUUAGAGGAUUCUGAAGAAGAAGAAGGUGACUUAUGUAGGAUUUGUCAGAUGGCAGCUGCAUCGUCAUCUAAUUUGCUGAUAGAGCCAUGCAAGUGCACAGGAAGUUUGCAGUAUGUCCACCAAGAAUGUAUGAAAAAGUGGCUACAGGCCAAAAUUAACUCUGGUUCUUCAUUAGAGGCUGUAACCACCUGUGAACUCUGUAAAGAGAAGUUGCAGCUUAACCUGGAGGAUUUUGAUAUUCAUGAACUACAUAGAGCUCAUGCAAAUGAACAAGCUGAGUAUGAGUUUAUCAGCUCUGGUCUCUACCUAGUUGUGUUAUUGCACUUGUGCGAACAAAGCUUUUCUGAUAUGAUGGGAAAUACAAAUGAACCAAGCACACGUGUCCGAUUUAUUAACCUUGCAAGAACUCUUCAGGCACAUAUGGAAGAUCUCGAAAGUAGGUGGAAUUUCCCCUUCCCAGACUUGUUGAAUUUACUUUUGCAAUUGAAACCCAGAGAGCAAAAUCUAACUGUAUAUACUCUUUCUACCAAAUUAGAACUUCAUUGACAGGCUUAAUAAUAUCAAAAUAAUUGAUUUGGGAAAGAUGGGUUGGGCAAGUGGCAGUUUUUUUUAAAAGCAUAUUUUUUUUAAAAAAAUAGUGUAUUAAUUUUAAGGUUCAUAUAGAAGGAUGUAUUUUAACUAGUGUUUUAUUUUAAAUAAAAUUUUAUUUUUGAGCCCUUAGUUUUAAAACUUUUAAUCAAAAAAACAUUUACUGGUCAAACCAUACUUCUAAAUCUGUUAGAUUUGUGUGUGUGUGAAAUUUUCCUGGCUAUUCAGCUUUGUUAUAUCAUUAAAGGUUUUCCCUGGCUUUGUUUAUAGUUCUAGGAAAAUAGGGAUGAAAGAUUCCUAAUUCUGAGUCUAUAACAGAAGCCAUAGUGGGUUUUUUUUGCUCCUUGUUAGGUCCUCAUGGACCUUUAAUAGGCAGCCAGCUCCGCCAGCAGCUCCCAUCUCUUAAGAUCACGUUCUAGCAUUAGGACUUCUGCCUGGACUCCUAUGUGAAGGCACUUAGUGCCCAAAUCUUUACAGGCAUCUGCAAGCUUAACCUCAAAGUCUUAUAGCCUCCAGGGUGCUUCAUAUCAGGUGGGCACAGAUAUUGGUGGCUCCGAAACAGAUCCUAGGAAUCCAAGAUUACCCUACCUGUUGUACUUUUUCACCCAAAGCAACCAGCGCCCCAUGAUCAGGUUCCAUCACACUCUUUGAAGUGUUUUAAAAUAUGUAUUCUCCACUUGUAUCUGCUAUACUCAUCUUCAGAACACUUGGAGUGUUAUCUGUACUGUGCAAGUUUUGAAAGGAUUAGAGGUACAACCAGAUAAUGCAUUUUAGUAUGUGUGAAAUGGUAUAUAAAGGAGUCAGGGGUAUAUAAAAUGGGAAUUCAUUUGAUGUAAAUCUUGUUUUACCUUUUAUACCUUCUUAGUUCAGAUCCCUUAUGUUGCCUAAGACAAAGAUCUUUUUGGUAAAUUAUAAUUUAUACUUUGCCAGAUGUGAUGAUAGUAAGUUGUUUCAGUGUAUGUUUUCCCCAGAUUGCUUGUUUUGUUUUAAACUAAGAUUCUCGUUUAGAAUUUAGUUUCCUAAACAUAGCAAUGUCUAUUCCCAGUAUGUGAGAAACAUGGAGGUGAUAUAAUACCCAAAGUCAGCUGAGAGUGAAAGAUAUGGGUGCUGCAAGUUUGUCUAUAAGUAUCAGAAUUUUCAUAUGUUCUGAGAGUUGUUUCUGACUGAAUUUUCUUCUCAAAUAGAAAACAUGAGAAGUUCCCUGAAAAGCUGUUUUCUUAGUUUGAUAUUUCUCCAUGAUAAGCAUAAAACUUAAUCAUAUGAUUUACUCAUUCAUGAGCUAAGUAUAUGCUUUAUACCAUUUAUUAAAAAUGGACUUGAGAUUUCUAAUAAAUAGACUGAAAUAUGGAAACUUAAGUUUCAUCCACACAUAUAACAUAAAUUUUUUGUUAAUUCAAUUUGUUUGUUCUUAAAUACUGGGUCCAGUGUUAAUACAAGAAGAGUAUACAUUUAACCUUUCUGCCCUUGAUAAAAGGGGAAAUACUGAUGGGGUGUUCAUUUUGGCGUACUUCCAUUUUCUUCAACACAGAACAGUUUAUAGAAUACAUGUUCUUUACUUAUGUCCUUCCUAUAGACAUUCCAGGAUGUUAAUUUGAAACUUCUAAGCUACUUUAAUGACUUAAAUAAAUUGAUGUCAGAAAUACUGCACAAGUGAGAUUUCUGACAGCGUGGAGGCAUAGGAAUAAUCUCAACAAAAGGUUUUUAUUGAAUCCAAUUAUUUUAAAUUAGGCUGUGUCUAUAUAAAGCUUUUUUGACUGAAUAGAACUUUUUCUUGGCAUUGUAUAGACAUAGCUUUGAUGUAAAUUGCAAGAACACCCAUAACCUAUUCUGUGUACAUUUUUUUUCAUUCUCAUCGGAUGCAUCAAACAUGCAGCGGUAAUAAACCAGAUUCUACUCAGGUGUGUGAGAGCACUUGCCUUAAGUUCAUUUUUUCUCUAGUGUCUAUAUCAUUAGCUACUGUGAACACAGAUUGAUCUCAGAAGCUUUUUAGAAGACUUUUCUGGAAGCACAGUUUUAAGCAUUUUCAUUUUUAUAAAAACUAACGAAAAGGUGUGGGGGUGGGAACAUUGUGAAUGGGCAUCACCCACAGUCAAGCCACCCUAACCUUGUCAUAACUUACCAUUUUGACCAAACAGUGUACUAAAUUGGGAUUUUUAUUUUACAAGUCAUUGCUAUUCUGGCUUCAUAUUUACACUUCCAUUCUCAUCCCCUUUAAAAUCAUUCUUGAUCAUCCUGUUUUCUUUCAACAGCUUCAGAGGAUGAUUCUGAAGAAGAUGGAGACCAUAACAGAACAUUUGAUAUUGCCUAACUUCAUAUAAGACAAAUGGAUGAUCUGUGAACAAGUGUUUAUUAAAACUGGCAAUUAAGUAUGAAUUAAUUUUGUGGGGGAAUGCCUAUUGAAUACAUUGACUAUAUAUAUACAUAUGUGUGUGUGUAAAAUAUGUGUGUGUAUAUAUACACACACACAUACAGAUGUCCUAUGUGUGUGUGUGUGUGUGUGUGUAUAUAUAUAUAUAUAUAUAUAUAUAUAUAUUCAUUCUCAAGUAUUGCUGAAUUAAAAUUCUGCUGGACCUUUUAACAUGGCCAGUCGAUCUCUUGUUUAUAAACUGGUAAUCAAAAGUAUUUUUCUUUUAGGUGAGUGGGAAAGUGUUACUCUUGUUUUAAAUACUUAAGCAAUGCUGACAACUUUUUUGUGUUCUGAUUACUAUAGUCAUAUUUAUGAAAAAGGUUCAUGUUUUAGUCUCUUGCUAGUUAAAAAAGUGGGACAAAAUAUGCUUUUGAAAUAAAAUGGCAAAUGGCACCUAAUUAUUUUUCCUUUCAAAAUGCCUUACAUUGCAGUCUCAUUUUCAUAAUCAUUUGCUUCCAGUGUUUCUAAAAAAGCAAUUGGGGAAUAAGUUAUGAAAGCAUUAUAUUAGGUUUCCAAAUUUAAUAUGAAUUCUAAAUUCACUUAGCAAUAAAAUCUAAUUUUUAAAAAGUAUAUAAAUAUAAAAUGUAUAAAUGAUGGAAAAAUUUUUGUACUGAUUUGCAAAAUGCAGAUUAUAUUUGAUAGGCCAUAGUAUGUAGAUAUUCCUUUUAGGAAUAUCACAGCUGUAAAAAAUAUCAGAAAUGCCCAUCAAAUGCUAUUUGGAAAAAAAAAUUACUGCAAUCUCAAGUUAUCGGAAUAUUUUUAAAUCCCGCAUUUAAAGUUUAAAACACUGGUUUUCAAUGUUUUUUAGUGUUGUCACUUCUUUCUAGAUAAAUAUGAUACAAAUAACCUGUUUGGAUCCUGGUCGUUUUUAAUUGUUCCUUGGUAAUUCUGAGCAUUCAUUUAAUGACUUAGUAUUUUUCACUAUUUUUGGAGAAUAGAUAAACAUUACCUAUUCACCAUGCAAUAUAUCUACACUGUGGUCAUGAGUUGUGUAUACUUUCAUAGCACUGUAUAUUUCCUGUCAACACCCUUGGAUACACUUUUAAACAACUUCAGGUGGUUUCACAUUAAAUAAAGUCUUAUGUUAUGGCAACUAACUACAUUUUCAGAAGCUAAAUAGAAACCAUGUAAUUUCUCAAAUGUGAAUCAACAGUUUGCUCACAUAGUUUGUUGGUCUUAAUGUAAAAACGUUGGCUGGAAAUAAAGUGCACACUGAUUGAUUUA